AUGGAGAACAGUACUUCCAACCUGGUUCAUUCUUUGAACGCAGCCAAUAAUGCAAGAGUACAAGUCGGGAAUAACUAUCAUACAACAAACAACUACCACAGUGGGGCCGACCGAGAUGAUACGAAAAAACUUUUGGAAGCGUUGCGUUCUACUGAUCCGCGCCACGACAAGAUCAAUAUCGAGCAAACCAACAACCACCUGUUAAGAGAUGCGUAUAAGUGGAUUCUUGAAAACCCCGAGUUUCUGGCCUGGCAUGACAAAAGUCAUGAAGAUCGGCUACUUUGGAUCAAAGGUGAUCCUGGAAAAGGAAAGACGAUGCUUAUAUGUGGCAUUAUAAACGAGUUACUAUCAUCUACGAAACUAGCCAACCCGGAGAGUCCUAUUUCGCUAUCCUACUUCUUCUGCCAAGCUACAAACUCCAGUCUGAACAACUCGACAGCCGUCAUAAGAGGCCUCAUUUACCUCUUGGUCGUUCAGCAACCAUCUCUUUUGUCUUAUCUGCGUGCCAACACACAUUGGGACACGAGAGUGGCGAUAGAAGGCUUGUUUCGCAAGAUAAUCGCGGAUCCAAGUCUCCAACAGGUGUACCUGAUCGUGGAUGCACUGGAUGAAUGCAUCGAAGACCUGGAUUUUCUUCUCGCCAUAAUCUCUAGUCCGACACCACGUGUCAAGUGGAUUGUGAGCAGCCGUAACCGUCGUGGGAUUGAAGAGUAUCUAGAGGAAUCGUCUUCAAAACUCGCGCUUUCUUUAGAGCUCAAUGAAAAAUCAGUGUCUCAAGCUGUUGGGCACUUCAUCGACUACCGCACUCAAGAACUAGCAAAGAAAAAAAGACUAAAAAGCCAUGUGGCAGAGCAGGUCCAGCGUCACCUAAUUCAGCACGCCAACGGUACUUUCUUAUGGGUGGGCUUGUUACCCAAGGGUCUCAACGAGCUUUACGCAAGAAUGAUGGACCAAAUCCGUGCCUCCGACAGCUGCGAGCUUUAUACCAGACUUCUGGCCAUAGCUUCAACUGUUUUCCGCCCACUGACCUUUUCUGAGCUUAUGGCCAUAGAGGAACUGGACAUGGAUGAAGAAACACUUCGUGAUCUUAUCGGAGAAUGCGGUUCGUUUCUGACGACGCGAGAUAAGACGGUUCUUUUUGUUCAUCAGUCUGCCAAGGACUUUUUGCUCAAGGAGUCGAGCGAAUUGCUUUUCCAAUCUGGCCUCGCGCAUCACCAUUAUACUCUAUUUCAAAGAUCCAUUGAUAUUCUUAAAUAUCUACACAAGGAUAUGUAUGGCUUGGUCUAUCCUGGAGUCUCCUUGGAGGUGGCUAUACGCAAUCGCCCGGAGCCUGAUCCCCUGGGGAGUUACCUGUACGCACUUGUCUUCUGGGCUGAGCAUAUACGAGGCGCUUGUCAACUGCCUAACGAGGAUACGUCGGAGGGAGAAAUGCCUGUGGUUGAGAUUGUGUACCAGUUUCUCUCUGAGAAAUUACUAUUUUGGUUGGAAGCACUGAGUCUAUGUCACAACCAAUCGGUUGCAGGGAAAGCCUUGUCAUUUCUCAAAAACCUACCGACCGCCCCCUCUGAGUCGCGCCUCUCGGAGCUUAUACACGAUGCGCUCCGAUUCUUGUUUUUUCUUGGCCCUGUCAUCGAAAACUAUCCCUUACAGAUCUACACUUCCGGUCUACUAUUCAGUCCACAUAAAAGCCUCAUUCGGAACAUGUUCAAACAGUACACGCCGGAAUUCAUUGAAAGAAAUCCAAGAGUAGAUGAAGACUGGAGCCCGAUUUCGGGUGUAUUUGAGACUUCUCCAGAAACCCCGAUUCGUCAUAUGAGGUUUUGUCCUAUAACCCAAAUGUUAAUCCUGUCGACAUCUGACUCUCAAUUGUGGAUGUGGAAUGCCAGCGACGGCUAUAUGAAUAAAAAGGCAAAGUAUGAUGACGCGAGGUUAUUGACACCCUCGCCUGAUCUUCGGUGGGUGGCCUUUGUCACUAUGCGUUAUUCCAAAAAGUCAAAAAAGCUUGUGCAAAAGUCCCUUGAGGUUCGGGAGCUAGAAUCAGAUAAUCUGCUUUACACUAUGAAUCUCAAGGGUCGUCGAAACGUUAUGGCUAUGCAAAUUACGCCUGAUAGUCAGUCGCUGGCAGUAUGCUUCGAAGAUAAACUAGAUGUUUAUACCAGUGAAGGAUCCACGUCUCAAUCGUGGCCUUUGAAACUAGGUGGAGAUGCAAAUCCCUUGAGUCCGAUACCCUGGCGCAUGUUGUUUUCUUCCGAUGGGGCUCUGCUAUUACUCCUUUUCGGCGGUCUUGUGGCUUUCGACAUGCGAACUAAUAGGCUAUACAAGUGCCCAAACUUGUAUAAGGUGGGUGCAUCCUACAUUCGGUAUGCACAUCUUUAUUCCAAAGAUGAAAGGGGUGAUAAUGCGAACAUACUGGACGCAAAGUUCAUUCCCAAUACCCACCUGGUCAUGAUGAACGAUGACGAAGAAUCUAUGUUCAUUUGGAACAUCCCGAAGGGUAAAUGCAGAGAGUGGCUCACGAGACAUAACGCUAGUUUGCUUGCCAGUAUUGAAAACGAGAUCUUUAUCCGCUAUGAUAUCGAAACUGGCCAAGAGCUCAAAUGUUUAGACCUGCCUGUCACUGAGAGUUUGGGCGGCGGCAAUCUUACCGUGUCGCCCAACGGCAAGUGGAUGGUGUCGUUUGUCUACAGAACCAAUAACUUGCUUCUAACGAAUUUGGAAUCGGGCAUCUAUCUUGCUCUCAUUGGUAUAAACACGAGGUUCAUCGCCUUCAUUGACGACUCUUCCGUGUCUACGGAGAGGGGGGUGCUUUAUCUUGAUCGUAUCUUGGACGAUUUGACUCUUCGGUCAGAGACUUUCAAAACACAAGCAGUACAGGUGAAAGGACAAUUUGAUCAGGAACUACCUGUCAUUAUUCCAGACUUGGACAAGUACGGGUGCAGUACUUCAGGCGAGUGGAUAACAUUCGAUAACAAACCACUUAUAUGGGUGCCUCAACAAUACCGUUGCAGGUGGUUUGACGAUUGGCCCGAAAUUGCCACUGGACACCAUCACAUCACUAUUCAAUUUUCAGGAGGUGUAUACUCUGUGGUAUUUAGAAAGGACACUGGGGAAUAUUUACGGAAAGCGAUAUCAAAUCUGUGUAUAUAG